AUGGAAGGUAUCUCAGGGGGGUUGAAGAAGUACUUUCGGAGAAGCAUAAGGGGAUACCAAAGAUUGCAUGGGGGGGACGGACGUAAGAGAGAAACGGUUCAGCUUGGAGAGAACCCAGGAAGAAGGAGAUGGCGCAUAAAGAUCAAUCCGAAGAUGAAAAUCCGCAAAAUCUCUUCCCCCAAGAAGUUGGUGCUGUGGGUCAGAGACGCCUACAUGAGGAUGAUGCUUGGUCUGGCUAGCUCCAUGGGUGCGUCUGCCGUGGGCUUCGGCGGCGACGCCACCUCCACCACCGCCAACGGUGUCUUCGAGAGGGGCCCACUGCCCAAGGAGUACGACCAGAAGAUGAUCUUCCAUAUGUACAAGUCCUUGAUUAUGGCACAGGGACAGUUGCUGCCCCUAGAUCCAACACCCAACAACGGUGUCAUGACAAUGGCUACCACUGUCUCAUAA